AUGAGCUCUGCUUCGUCCAAAGGCGGCUUCGUGUCGCUGACCAACCGCUGCAAUGACAGCAAGUCGCCCUACGUCCGAUCGCAUGCCAACAACCCUACAGCAUGGCAACUCUGGACCCCCGAGACCCUCGAGCUGUCCAAGCGCACCAACCGCCUACUCUUCGUUUCCAUCGGCUACUCUGCCUGCCAUUGGUGCCAUGUCAUGGCCCACGAGAGUUUCAUGAACGAUCGCAUCGCCCAGCUGCUCAACGAACACUUCAUUCCUGUCAAGAUCGAUCGUGAAGAACGCCCCGAUGUCGACAAGGUCUACAUGGACUUCUUGCAGGCUACCACCGGUGGCGGAGGCUGGCCUCUGAACGUCUUUGUCACUCCAGACCUGCAACCACUGUUUGGUGGAACCUACUGGCCAGGCCCAAAGAGCGAGCGCAACCGCCAGGGCGGUGGAUUUGAAGCCAUCCUGACAAAGGUCGCCAGCGCAUGGAAAGAGCAGGAAUCGAGAUGCAGAGAAAGCGCCGCCAACAUCACCGACCAGCUCAAGCAAUUCGCUCAGGAAGGCACCCUCUCGGGCAGAAGGUCUGGCGAAGGUGCCGAGGCCAGCGAUGAUGCUCUCGAGCUAGAGCUGCUGGAGGAGGCUUAUGACCAUUACUACUCUAGAUACGACGAACAACACGGUGGCUUCGGUGGUGCGCCAAAAUUCCCUACACCCUCGCAUCUGUCUUUCUUGCUAAGGCUGGGUGAGUGGGAUGGCAUCGUAAAAGAUGUCAUAGGCGACGAUGCGGUGCAGAAUGCUCAGAACAUGGUUGCGAAGACGCUCGAACACAUGGCACAAGGUGGUAUCAAGGAUCAAGUCGGCCACGGUUUCGCCAGAUACUCUGUCACCAGAGAUUGGAGCUUGCCACACUUUGAGAAGAUGCUUUAUGACAAUGCUCAACUGCUGCCUCUCUUCCUCGAUGCAUGGCUCAUAACCAAAAACCCCCUAUUCCUCGACAUGACUCACGAUAUAGCUACCUAUCUCACCUCGCCACCGAUACAUUCCCCUACAGGUGGUUUCCACGCUUCUGAAGACGCAGAUAGUGCCCCAAGCGCCUCUGAAAAGGAACACAAAGAGGGCGCUUUCUAUGUAUGGUCUCACUCGGAGUUCUUCGAGGCAAUCAACGAUGAUAAACUGGCAAAGAUACUUGCCAAAUACUGGAAUGUGAAGCCCGACGGCAACGUCAGCUCGAAACACGACAUCCAGGGUGAAUUGCAAGGCCUGAACACGCUCUGUGUGACCUCUUCCCUCAAAGAUCUUGCUCAGCAAUUCGGUGAAUCUGAACAAGAGGCAGCGAAGGCUGUCCAGACUGGCCGCCGGAGACUGUCAGACUGGCGUGACAAGCAUCGUCCUCGUCCUCUCCUCGACGACAAGAUAGUCGUUUCGUGGAACGGUCUGGCCAUUGGCGGUCUCGCUCGUGCCAGUGCCGCGCUGAAGAAGUCUGACCCGGAAGCUUCAAAGAAGUACCUUGAGGCUGCCGUUUCAGCGUCUCAGUUCAUCAAGAAGGAGCUUUACGACCCGAAAGCCAAGACUCUCCGACGAGUCUACCGUGAAGGCCCCGGUGCUACCGCAGGCUUCGCUGACGACUACGCAUUCCUCAUCAGUGGUCUGAUCGAGCUCUACGAAGCGACGUUCGACGACUCUUACUUGCAAUGGGCUGAUGAGCUGCAACAAUCGCAGAUCAAGCAUUUCGGCGACAACGAGAGCGAGACCAAGGGCGGCUUCUUCGGCACACCAGCCCAUGCUCCCGAUAUCCUGAUCCGCAGCAAGGAUGCUAUGGACAAUGCAGAGCCUAGUGCUAACGGUGUGAGCGCAACAAACCUGUUCAAGCUCUCGGCAUUGCUUGACGACUCAAAGUACUCUGAGCUUGCCACACGUACAGCGAAGGCGUUCGAAGUCGAGAUGGUUCAGCAUCCUGGCCUCUUCACCGGUCUCAUGUCGACAGUAGUCAACUCGAAUCUUGAUAUCAAGCCCAUCGUGAUCUCGGGAACCGAGUCGAGCUCAGAAGUGCAGACUGCUCUGGAGCAACUGCGCCAGAUGGUCCGUCCUGGCUCAACGAUAGUCAGACUUGGCGGCGACAGCAAGAGCGAUUGGCUUCGGCAGAGGAACGGGCUUCUCAGCUCGAUCGAUCAAGACAAGGAUAUGGUUCAGGUCUGCGAAGGCACAAGCUGUAAAUUGGUCAGCGCCGAUGAGCUGUCAGAACUGCUCAAGGGUACUCAUGUAUAA